CAUGACUUCAGUCUUGAAUUUCCAAGCCGUCAGAGGUCUCAAUCAGCACAUUCAGCUGUCAGGAUAAAUGGAGACAAAGACAUCGAUGCUCUCACGAUAUGCUUAUGGUUGAAAUCGUCCUUGGAAUCAGAUUUUGGACUUCUACGCUAUUUUGAUGAAGCAGGGUCAGAUGUAUAUUUUGCCUUGAGGCUGGGUUCUGGCGGGCAGAUAUGGCUUUCGAUCCACGGUGAAGACAGGUAAUAAACGUAAAUGUGUUUGCCACCUAUACCUUGUCACAUUAUUAUUUUUUUAAUUUCUUUUUUUCAUCAUUCUACUCUCCGAUUUAAUCUUUAUUUACAUUGGGUAAUACUCGUGUGUAAGUGCAUUAGCCCUGGCUAUUAUUGGAAAUUCCCUUGGACCUAUGUCAGUUUCCGUGGCAAUAGUCACUGUCUGGCUCUUUAUUUUCAUCUUUUUUAUCAUAUAUUUCUUGGGGGAAUGUUUGGUCUCCAUCUUUAAAAACAAAUUAGCUCGUCAUGGUUCAGACAAGGGUGCUCUAGUCAAAGUAAACUUGUCUGUGUUGAUGUCGCUUGUGGCAGAAUUGUCAGUAAUUGUCAGUAUUGUAGUAUUGUCAUGAAUUUUAUACACAUAUAUUGUGUUAUUGGAGAAAACGUGUUUUCAAGACUCAAAAGUUUAUGAGAGGGCCCAAUUCAUAUGCUGUUUUACCAACGCACUAAUAAUCGAUUUUAUAGUAAAAUGCUAUAGCUGAAAUGCUUCCUGUAAACGGACUACAAUUAUUUCUCAAAUUAAAAUACAGGAAUUAACUCGAUAAAAAAUGGUUUGCCCUAAGAGUGAUAUAAAAAUGGCUACAAAGGUAUACAGAUGUCUCACAAAAAGAGUAUCUCCCUAACCAAUAAAUACAUUUUUUUUUUAAUAUCUCAGUCAUAUCUAGUUAGGUAUAGCAAAGGUCGUAGUGCAAUUUUCUCCAACGAUUGAAAUUCUAACCUUUUCUUUUUUUUCCUGUCUUAUGUUCAUAAUGUGAAGCAGAGGAAAAUUGACAAUAAGCUGGUCUAGAAAAAUUUGAAUUAAAGACUCAUUUACUUUCCUGAAAUGAUUUUUUCUCGCUCAAAAGAGAACUAGAUAUCAUGCCUCAAAUCCAGAACGGCAGAUGGCAUGGACUAUGUGUCACGUGGAACAAAGAUGGUGGCCAUUUUCUGAUUUACUACGACGGUCGGUUAAUUAGAAGUGAAAGUGGUUUAAAAUCCGGAAAAUCAUUUCCCUCGAAUAAUACCUUUACUUUGGGAAUCGGAGCCGAGGAAAAGUUUAACUACACUGGCAUGUUAGGGCAUGUAAAUAUAUGGUCACGCGUUUUGGAGCACCCUCUCCUUUCAGCUCUGUCUUCCAAGUGUGGGGUCGAACGCGGAGGGCUUGUUUCUUGGCCUCGGUUCCAGGAGGAUCUUCGUGGUGUUAAUGUGGGAGAAUCCUGUUCUUUUCAUGGUGAGGGCAAACAUAGUUAA